AUGGCGAAGAAGAUAUCCAAGCAUUCGCGUGCGGCCCGUCGGGGAGAAAUCAGUGAAAUAACCGGAGAGGCAAAAGAUCUUGAAAAUGUUCCUCGUUUGGAAAAAACUGACACCAUAGGACCGAUGAUUCGUGCAUCUGCAUCGAAAAACGAACACUUAUUGCGCCAGAAAAUGGAAAGAAAAACUUCAAAGAGCAAGUCGGCUAUCUCCAAAGCGAUUAAGACUAGAAGGAAAAAAGCGGUUAUUAUUGACGGAAGACUUGGGUCUAAAAUCGAGGCCAGCAUCAACAGAGCAAAGGAAAUUCAGUCCAUGAGAAAAGCUAAUUGGGAUACAAUAAAUAAGCAAGUUAAGGAAGCAGUGAAAGGCAAACCGUUAUACAAUAACGACAGAGGCCAAACUGAAGGACAUAAGGAUGCCACAGAAGAUGAUAGUGACUGGGAAAAUAUGGAUGAAGAAGAAGAAUCAAACGAUCUGGUGUCCACUAAUAAAUUUGCGCUAUUGGAGGAAGUUGAGGCAUAA